CUGGAUGUGGAGACAAGCUGGCCAGAAUGUUUGAGGCUAAAUCAGGCACGUUAAAGCGUACGUUCCGUGGACACAUACACGCCAUCAUGUGCAUGGAGGUCAUAAAGGGUAAGAUGUUUACAGGCUCAUAUGAUGGAACCAUUCGGGUAUGGGACACGACCGGUGUGAAGGACGAGACAGUUUUUGGAGCUGAUAUCGAUGAAAAUGAUACGAAUGAACCACAAAUUGAAGAUGACAGUGAAGAUAUACAAAAUGCUAUGAAAUCUUUAGAUCCAUAUAUACGUGAAUAAGGUUCAUGCUGUUUACAUCUUUGUUCUGUGAAAUACAAAGACACUAACCAUUAUUUAUCAAUAAUUUCAGUUGAACAAACUCUUUGGAAAUACU